AUGCCACACUCGGUAGCCCUUGACCCUCAAGCAACGACAUCAGAAGACCCGGCCGAAGCCGUUAUGGUCGAGCCCACGACCAGCAAUGGCGACAGCCAGGAUACCGCCGAUGGCGAUGUCGCCAUGGAAGACACCACAGAGGAACCCACAGCUGAAAAGGCACCAACAGCAGCAACGCAUCCGAAGAAAGACGUCAAACUGGAGGACCUGUUUGCAGAUGUGGACUCGGACGAGGAGUUUCCAAGCUCGAGGCCAAACGAUGUGCCUCCAAUGAGUUCCCCUCCUGCUAUUUUGCCUCCGUUCCCGUCCGACGUCAUUGCGAUGAACGCAUCCGAUCCCGAGAUAAUGCGCGCCUUCUAUCAGCGUUUAUUUCCAUGGAGGCAGCUCUUCCAAUGGCUCAACCACAGCCCAACACCUACCAACGACUUUGCCCACCGCGAAUUUGCCUUCACUCUACAGAAUGACGCCUACUUGCGAUACCAAGCGUUUCCUACCCACGACCUACUCCGCAAAGACAUCCUAAGACUGAUGCCCUCCCGUUUCGAAAUCGGUCCUGUCUACACCACGAAUCCCCGCGACCGCAAGACCCUGCGAAACUCGAGCGCUUUCAAGCCCCUGGCCAAGGAGUUGUGCUUCGAUAUCGACUUGACGGACUAUGACGAGAUCCGAACGUGCUGCGACAAGGCUAAUAUCUGCAAAAAGUGUUGGCAGUUCAUGACCAUGGCGAUCAAAGUCCUCGAUGUGGCAUUACGGGACGAUUUCGGUUUCAAACACAUCAUGUGGGUGUACUCAGGUCGGCGAGGUGUCCACGCAUGGGUAUGCGACAAGAGUGCGAGAGCCAUGCCAGAUCAAAUGCGUAAGGCCAUCGCUGGAUAUCUUGAAGUCAUCAAAGGUGGUGCGCAGAGCUCGAAGAAGGUCAACCUCUGGAGGCCGCUGCAUCCUCACCUUGUGCGGAGCUUGGAAAUUCUCAAGACGCACUUUCAAGAAGACGUCCUCGAAGCCCAGGACCCUUGGGCUAACCCCGAGCGCGCUGAGCGGCUUCUGCAGCUCCUACCGGACAAGCUGCUCAAUGAAGCGCUUCGCAAGAAGUGGGACUCAGCGCCUGGCCGCUCCUCAACGUCCAAGUGGGCAGAUAUCGACACGGUCGCCAAAAGCGGCGUCAGCAAGAAACUCGACGCCACCGCCCUCAAGGAGGCUAAGCAGGACAUCGUCCUCGAGUACACAUACCCACGCCUCGAUAUCGAGGUAUCAAAGAAGCUCAACCAUUUGCUCAAGUCGCCUUUCGUCGUCCACCCUGGAACGGGCCGCGUCUGUGUCCCCAUCGACACGCGGGCGCUUGAUGAAUUCGACCCCACAGAUGUCCCGACUGUGCAGAGCCUGCUGGCCGAGAUUGAUGCUUGGAAGGGUGAGGACGGUGUGGGCGUGGAGGGCGUGGAGGGGCAGAAGAGCGUGCAGGACUGGGAGAAGACGAGCCUGAAGCCGUAUGUCGAGCUUUUCCGGUCUUUUGUCGUCGGUCUCAUGAAGGAUGAGAGGGAUGUGAAGGUCAAGCGGAAGCACGAGGAGUCGAUCCAAUUUUGA